GAGUUACACUUUUAUGUGAUAGUAUCUCACUCACGCACAUUAUUAGAGCUUUUUUCCUCUCAACUAGUUCUGGCUACAUACAUUCUUCUCCUCUCACUUCCUCCCACAUCUUGGUCCAUUCAUUAUUUCUCUCUCGGAAAACAUUAGAAAGCACUCACACAAUGAAUCACACUCACACAAACUCAAACUAAUGGUUACUAGCGGGCAAUCUAUGAAACUCAGUAUUUUCUCAUCAUGUUUUUACAAUUUCCAGUUGCUGACAUGAAGUCAUCUAUAAUUCCCUUUGCGAUUUCGGUGUUUGUCUUCAUAAUAUUGCAAGGUUGUUAUGGCCAUCAGCAAGAUCCUUUCCAUUUUGGAUACUCCAAACAAUUGCAAAAAGAAUGGGCUCACAUGCCCAACACAAGCUGUGGUGGAAAACACCAGUCACCAAUCCACAUUGAUUCGAAAAUAGUAAUACCAGAGCCGAUCCCGGCCUUGGAAAUGGUCGGAUUCCACAACAUGUUUCUGCACCCAUUGAAUCUCAGCAACAACGGACAUUCAGUACAACUGAGACUACCUCCAGCUGAUGGUGGAAGCAUAAAAAUAUUUGGAGCACUCCUGGAUGCCCAUUAUCGAAUGGAGCUACUGCAUUUCCACUGGGGUGACACAAAUUGCAGAGGUAGCGAGCAUGUCAUCAAUCAUGUCAGGUUUCCUCUUGAGAUGCACAUUGUUUUCUAUAAGCAGCACUUCAGCUCCAUUCAAGAGGCUUCCAAACAUAAAUCUGGUCUAGCAGUGCUUGCUUUCAUUUUCCAGAUAAGAGAGAAGGACAACCGAGCACUGAACCCUCUGGUCAAGGAAUUCUCGAAGCUGACUGAAGAAGGCAGUUCUGUCCUGAUGAAGGAUUCCUUCACACUGUCUCAUAUCCUGACAAGGAAUAUGGAAAUAUUCUACACGUAUCGUGGAUCCCUCACCACACCUCCAUGCACUGAAGCAGUCACCUGGAUUGUUUUCCCGGACCCGCUGCCUGUGUCUUACAAUCAGAUGAGAAUGUUCAGAUCAAUGAAAUCUCACGAAUCGAAGCUUGUGGACAACUUCAGACAUUUGCAAGAGAUCGGACACAGGAAGGUGUUUGUGAGACUGGGUCCUUCAAACAGCUCGUUCCACCACAACAGAGUGCAAGACCACCUCAGAACCAAGUUCUGGGAGUAAGACAGAAGCAUCACUUAAGAUAUAAGCAUCACUUAAGACUGUGUCCUCCAGAACAAAGUAUUUCUAUCACUUUAGAAUAGGUUGAUUAGAUGUAAUCAUAUGAUAAGAUCUGCUGCAUUUAGAUAAUUAGAUGAGGUUUAAAAAUUAUGAGAAAAGUGGCGUACGACAAAACAGCUUUUACAGAGAAAUAUGUUUAUCUGUUUUAGUAUGAAAUAAAUGAUAUCUCUGUAAA